AUGCGUCUUCUCGGAAGCUCUCUGGCGCUCGCCGCUGUGGCUGCUGCACAGAGUUCGACAUUGAUCGCAGCUCCCAGCGUCUCCUCCACCCCACUAGCAUCCGAGGCCUGCGCCAAAGCCAGCAGACUAUACGAACAAAGCCCGUUGAACGUGAUCCCCGCCAAAUAUGCUUAUGACUGUUUGAAGUCGGUCCCCGUGGCUGUCGAGGAUGACAAGGAUCUCAUCGACCAACUGAAAUUGUACUGGGCUUUCCAUUCAGAGACAGGCUACCUGAAGAACCCCCCGAAAACAUGGGAUCUCGGUCCACUCGAUCUCAUCGGGGAGCUCGACAAGAUCAAGGGGAAUAUAUCAUCUUAUGAGAGCGAAUUCGACGUACAACAGGCCAUCCGCGAGCUGACGAUUCGGACCGGCAAUUUCCACUUCAACUACGUUCCGGACAUUUUGCAAGUCUUCAUAUUCAUGCGCACUGUGCAGAUCGCCAGUAUCUCCGACGAUGGGACCACCACCCCGAAAGCAUACGUUUGGGAGGACUUGGCGCUCCAGGAUGAGGACGACAGCGCAGAUAUCACGGCCAUUACAAAGGUCAACGGCGAGGACGUCCAGGAUUAUCUGAGCAAAAUGGCAGCGCGGGAGCAGUACAUCGACGGCGAUGCAAGAUACAACAGCCUCAUGGCGACCGCCUCCAGCUAUGGAGCCUUCAACACCCCCAAUGGAUACAAUGCUUACGACGGGCCCACAACCACGCUUACGUUCGAAAAUGGCACUCAGCGUACAUGGACAAAUGUCGCAUAUGUACUUAAGCCGCUGGACGGCAUCACGGACGGAAAUUCGUUCUUCGAAACGUUCUGCACCGGCCAAUAUGCGAGUCUGGAUGCAUACUUGUCCGAAAAGUCCGGUACACAUGCUUGGAGCAAGCGGCAGAUCCCCAGUUAUAGCUACCCCGAUCCCAUUGUUCAAGACGAGUCAGGCAAAUUGGCCGGUUAUUUCAUGAACGGCGUGGGCUUCGACGACCUUGCUGUGCUCAAGAUCAUCAGUUUUGAUGUGAGCGGCCCGAACGCAACUUACUGGCAAAGAACAGUCCGGCAAUUCCUGCAAAAAAGCAAGAAUGCAGGGAAGAAAAAGCUGGUAAUCGACCUGCGAGAGAAUGGCGGAGGCAGUACCCAGCUUCUUCUCGACACGUUCAUGCAGCUUUUCCCCGGCGACGUCCCGUUCAGCGCGCAGCGGUACCGAGCCCAGGAGAACUUCAAGCUCAUCGGUGACGCUGUCAAUGCUAUGCACUCUGACAAUUCCAUUCGGACGGAAAUCGAGAUGGACGAAUAUGCCGUUGCCAUGUUCCGUUACUGGUCAUACUGGGACUUCGUCGACGUCAAUGGCGAGAACUUUGACUCAUGGAACGAAUUCUACGGACCUCACCUCUACAACGGCGACAACUUCACGACGAACAUGCGGUAUAACAUGUCCAACAGCAACCGUAAUAGUAUCCUAGAGACCACCUUCGACUUCCUCGACCCUACUGGAGAGCCUGUAUUUACAGCAGAGAAUACUGUAAUGCUGACCGACGGCCUGUGCGGGUCCGCCUGUGCCUCCUUUCACGAGGAACUGAAGAACAUUGCCGGUGUACAGGCUGUUGCCGUGGGUGGUCGCCCUCAAGAUGGUCCUAUGCAGACUGUCGGUGGCACCAAGGGAGGGGAAGUUCCCAGUUACCUCGCUCUUGCAGGUUAUAUCCAGACGGUAUUUAACAAAACAGAAGCAUACGGAUUGUCCGGUUACGACGGGCUUGAGACACUCGCCAACCCUCACCCUCUUCUCACGCGUGCCGGUGACGACCAGAGCCGCAUUCAGAUGCAGGACCAGAUCCGAAAGGGCGACGAGUCAGGAGCCGCUCUCCAAUACAUCUACGAAGCCGCUGACUGUCGGCUAUACUACACAACAAAGACGCUGUUCCACCCUGAAGCGAUGUGGGAGGCCGCAUGGGGUGCGUACCAGGAUACCAGCAAAUGUGUGAAUGGAUCUACCAACCAGCCCAGUAGCAUCAGUGGAGGAUAUAAGCCAUUUGGCCCUGGGGAUUUGAAUGGCAAGAUGGAUCAAAAGUCGGAAAAAAGUGGCGCAUCCAUCCUGUCUAGUCCGAGCAUAGGAGCUGUUGCAGUCGCAGGUUUCAUGGCCUUCCUGUUAUAA